CGAGAUUACUCGAACACCAUGCUUUGGCUUUUAGUUCUCGCCUUUGGGGCGCUGGCCUCAACUCACGCUGAAGAUGAAGCUACAGAGGCUCUGAAUUUUCUAAACCAGUACCACUACCUUUCGACCUCAAGAUCUGGAAACCACGAUGUUAAUACAGCAAUCAAGAACUUCCAGCGUUUCGCGGGGCUGAAAGUCACCGGCCGACUCGAUCGUGCAACAGUAACGCUGAUGAAAAAACCGAGAUGUGGAAUGCCUGAUGACGUGGCAGCCAGGGGUCGAGUGAGACGUUACAGUACUGGCUCAAAGUGGAGGAAAACGCAUUUAACGUAUUUUAUUCAGCAUGGUCGAGACCUACCUCACUCGCAACAAGACCGCAUCUUCCAAAGAGCUUUACAAUACUGGGCUGAUGUCUCAGGCUUGUCCUUUUCCAGAUCCUCCAGUUCUAGAGCCGAUCUUAAAAUAAGUUUCGGAUACAGAUCUCAUGGAGGUGUAUACGGUGAAAGGAGAUGCAAUUAUCCAUUUGACGGGCCGGGUAAGGUCUUGGCACAUGCGUUCUUUCCAUCAGAUGGCCGCGCCCAUUUUGACGAAGAUGAAACGUACACAGACGGGCAAUCAAGUGGAACAAAUUUGUUGUGGGUUGCCACCCAUGAAUUCGGUCACGCACUGGGUCUUGAACAUUCUAAUGUGCGUGGUGCAAUUAUGUAUCCUUAUUAUACGGGAUACGUUGCAAACAUGCAACUCCAUUCUGACGACAUCAACGGCAUUCGAUCCCUCUAUGGUUUUGGCGGGGGUGGAGGGGGCGGGGGUGGAGGUGGCGGUGGCUCUUGUAGAGAUGGGAACCCAGAAUGUCACCUCUGGAAGUAUCUUUGCCGCAAGCAUGACUACGUGAUAAGAAACUGCCUCAAAACAUGUGGUCGGUGCUAAAGCUUCUUGGUGGGUAUUCUUCCAUGUGAUGCCCAGAAAGGAUUGAUCUGCUCUAUAUCAAUGAUACAAGUGGUGGGUGAACUGAAUAAAAUAUGUGCUUCUGUGAAAAAGGAGUUGUUUUCAAUGUACAUCAUAUUUAGUGACCUGAUGCUCUGGUUGCCGUUUUUCAAGUUAGGUCGAUACAUGUCAUUACAUAGUGACUAAAGUAGGGAGGGGAGGGUACGGAAGUGAUACUACCCCUGAUUUGCAAAAGUAACAAUAAAUGAAAACUAAAAGAUUCUGGUACGGGAUGCCACUAAAUUCCACGAAGACGUUUAGACACUAAGAAGAAGACGACUCAGGGGAGUCUUCUACUGGAAACUCCUUCUUCUGAAUACUCCUACUAAUGGCUCUUAAAAGCGAACAACAUGCUCAGAACAAGAGACACUAUAAAUAGUUGUCUGAAAGCUGAACAAGCACUCGCUGCACCACACCUCUGAGAAAAAUACUUCAUCGUUCCUAUCUUUUCAUUGAAGUCAGUUUGGACAUUCGGGAAAUCAUCUUACCGGAGCUGAGAUGCUCAGAUACUUAAGACAAAGUUUAGAUACAUGAGAGCC